AUGCCUCAUAUAUGUCUCACAUAUGUCGUGUUCUCUCGCGCAGAAUGUCCCAGCGGUAAAUUCGGUGUGGACUGCGUUGGACUGUGUCACUGCAAGGACGGCGCGCAGUGUGCGAAGGUGACGGGCGACUGUCCGCUUCACGACUGCGCCGCCGGAUGGGGUGGCGCCGGCUGUCAAGCGUUCUCGUGUGUGGGUCGUGAGCAGGACCGCUCCUACGUGGAUCCAUUCGACUGCACUCACUACUACACGUGUACCAGCAACCCUGUGCGGCGUUGCCCCCGCGGUCAGUCGUUCGACGACAGAGGGAAGGUGUGCAACUUCAACUCUCAAGUCGACUGCAGCGACUUCGAGACCCAGGGUCCGGCUUGUGACGAUCCAGCCGUUGCCGGUGCUUACCGGGAGAAGACGCGCUGCAGCCGCUACAGGAUCUGCAUGCCCGACCCGCGGCAGAAGUGUCCGCCCGGGGAGCUGUGGAACGACGACAUGCAGGACUGCGUGUUCGUGUACGACGUGAAGUGCGGCAACCGCAAGGAUCGCGAGGUGAUCGAGCACAACCGAAUCUCGCUCAAGUUCAGCUGCGGAUCGACACCGGACGGAUACUACCUCCACCCGAGCUACUGUACGAUGUACCGUCAGUGCGACCGCGGCCGUGGCUUCCUGCUUCCCUGUCCGACCGGUCUCUACUGGGAAGAAUCCCGGAAGACCUGUGUGAAGCAGGAGGAGGCUUCCUGUCUGAUGUACGACGAGAAUGACGAGCUGUUCUGAUUCGCCACCGGGGGGCGCCGCUGAUGCUGUGGGGGCGAUGUUGCUGAUGCUGAUGUUGGUGCUGCUGCUGCUGCUGAUGUUGGUGCUGAUGCGGAUGUUGA